AUGGCUGAACUCACCCUUGCUAUCAUACCGAUAGGCCUCAAGGUAUGCUCCGCACUCACGAGCUACCUCGGCGCACUCAAAGAUCGGGAUGAUGCACUCGUUCGACUCACGCGCCAGGCCGAAUCUUUGGAAAACUGCUUUCGGUUACUCGAUGCCUCCUUGAAACAGGGUCACUUAGACCCGGCGCGAUACCGAACCGUGCCCCAUAUUAUCGUUUGCCUCAAGAACUGCGAAGAAGGGCUUAAGGACCUGGAGGAGUUUGAGCAAUCCCAGAAGUCUCAGAAUCGACUGGAACAUGGUCUCCAGAAAUUGCGGUUUCCGCUGCGAAAAGCACACCUUGAAGAUCUAGAGAAUACGUUGGAUCGUCUUUGUCAACCCCUCAGUCUGGCUAUCCAGAGUCUACAACUAGAAAUAGAUCUGGCCAACUCGAGUGCCUUGUCCCACAAUGUCACGAAAGUACAGCAGGCAACAGACGUAGUCUCAGAUGUACAAACUGCGGUCGGAAAUUUGACCGUUCCCAUCAACACUAUACGGUCAAGGCUUCCCUUGCUGCAAGACUCGGUUGACGGACUUAUUCCACAAAUCAUUCCGCAGAUCAAUCUGGUCAUCGAAUCACAGCUGCAAGUUCAUAUGGAGAACAUUCGACAGUCGUUAAAAGACACAGGGCUCACAGCUACUCGACGACACAACGCGACAAACGAAAUUCUAUCGCAGCUGACUACACUUAACAGUGGCCGCGUCGAUGUUGUUGCCAAAUUGGCUUCCAAACCAAGUGCAAUCGCGGAACUGGGCUCUUACAUUUCGACUUGUUCUUGCCUGGUGAGGAAGUCGAGCACCGCACAAACCUAUCACCUCGGCUCCUUUCUCUUCACAGACAACAUCGUGACGAAAGAGUCGCACAUAGAAGGAUGCCCCUUCUACGUGGCCGACUUCAAAUCGUCGCGAAGACGAACUCUUAGCAUUGCUGGUAUCAUCAAGUCACUGAAUUGCGCCAUCCAAUUGACAUUUUGCACAAAGACUGGUGCAGGUGGAUUUGCUAUCAACCCAUCGCUCAUGCAUUUUGGAGUAGUUGAUAAACAUACGGCUCCAGCUUUUCAGGUCCUGGAUCUACUAAGCCAAUGUCCGGUGUACAAGCCACAAGAGGCGGAACACUGUCUUUGCUUGGAAGCCGUGCUUCGCAAGUUACAAGAAGUGUUUGCUUCUGGAAGAGCAAGACCUACCGAUAUUGAUCAGGACGGAGAAUCCCUCCUUCACAUGUUGAGUUAUGCGACAAACCGCGAAUUCCCCACUGUGCUUGGGCGUAUAGCUCCUUCUCCUGAGCUGGAGGCACUGUUUGGCUUUCUUGUUGCUAUAGGGACCCCUGUGCACUUUGCCAGUUCAACUGGGAUGCUAGCACUCCACACAGCGGCCUCAAAUUUUGCAAUCUCAGCAUCUGUCUUGCGAAAACUGUGUUUCGAAGAUGCCGAUAUCCAUACGCCAGGACAGUUUCUCUUUUCCACGAAAGACGGCUUCUUUUUUGAGAUGAUUGCUGAAAAUGACCGCGAAAGUAAAGAAGUGACUGAAGCAUUAUAUGGGCCUUUGACCCAAGCAAUCAUUCGCUAUGAUGAAGAAGGUAUAAGAGAACUGAUUGAAAAGUCUCCUGAAAGUCUCCAAGAAACGAAUAUUUAUGGCACGACUGCGCUCUGUCUCGCUAUGGAAAAGCCCGAGAUUUUAAAGCUGAUCAUGAGUACAGCAAAGCCCAUUGCAUGGAACAUAGUACUGGGCUGGAUUUUCUUACCGCUGCGCAGAGCGAUGGAAAUGAGCGGCCCCAUUUGCAACUCCCAGGAUGAUGAUGCUGGUUCCAGAUGUCCUUGCGUUGUGGCGGCCAAUAUUCUACUGGACGCAAAUUGCCCGAUCUUACCAGCAAAGGAUUUCCAACGUGGCUUCCCCGAAGAAAACAUGUUUGCUAGUGCCUCCGAUCAUUGCAAAGCACUGAUCGCUCAAACGCUGAGAAGUCGUCGGCGUGACUUGAGAGAUCUGGCUCGAGAGAGGUUACUGAAGCAUGAGUGCAGCCUUGUCGACUCGGAAGCAGGCGAGCUAGAUUUCUAUGCGAUCGAAGUGGAUCGGAUGCUUUAUCGAAAGCAUUUCACGAGUUUUGACCGCAUAUCAACCGUCAUACAUGACGAUAUCAGCCAUUUGUCCAGAGAAGUGCCGAUUUACCGGCCGCUUUAUUUAUCCCUUGAAAGCCCUGAAGAUGCGUCAAUCUUCUUUGAUUUGGGCUUUUGGGAUAUUGACCACUUGCCAGUCUCCACCGAGCCUGACGACGACUCUUUGUAUCUCAUCAAAAACUUUUUGUUGCACUCAACACCUCAAUAUGCAACGUGGCUACAUACGAAUCUUCCUCGCCUUUGGGAGUGGACAAGCCAGUAUAGCAUAUUGGAAGGCUUUGACUUCAUCCUGGCUAAUAUCACUGGUCGUUAUUUUGCCUGCUACUGUUUUACAAACAUUGAUAAGGCCUUGGAGGGUCUGGCUUUCACUAUGGAUAUCCUUGAUAGCGAGGCUACCGAACAGUGUAGUUGUCCGUGUGCCGCUGGAGGACGCAACCCUUUCGAUAUGAUAGCCAGGCAGCUAACUCAUGAGCAACGAAGGAUUAAGAGCCCUAUGCUUGAGAUUGGCCUGGUUUUGAAGUUCUACGGAGAAAGCUUGCAACUGAACCAACUGAUCUGCCUAGUCCGUCAGGCCACAUUUGAAGCCCUUGAGAUGACACACACAUGUGUUGGCACAAGCAGCGGCUCCAGUCUUUACACGUCAAUGCAGACAGAAGACGAAAACUUACAGGAGGAUAUAGAAGACAGUGAGGAUGAUGUUGAAAAGGUGGGAUACUUGAAUGGCCUUGUUGCAGAGUUUGAAGAUUUUGUGCUUGGCCGUUCUGAGUCUUUGGAGCAUACGCCCGGACCAUCUGAUGGAGAUCACGCAGUCAUUCAUGAGCGUGCCUUGAUGUUCUGGUAUGGUAUCUGGCCGGAUAAGGUGGAGGAGAUCAAGAAACGUCUGGAGGCGACGUGGGACCCCGACGUUGAAAUCUUGAACGAGCUUGGUGUUUCUCUAUGGUUAGAGGAAGAGGAAGACGUAGCGUCAGAGACGCUAGAAGAAUACCGUACUAGGCGUUUCUAUGAAUUUAUGGCAAAAUUGGACAAGAUCUAG